AUGAGUUCAGCGCGCGCAGCAUUCCACCGCGGCGCGUUAGUGACAUCAACCACGAGAAGAAGAAGACAACGUAAACAAGUUGCGUUCGAAAUAACUGCCGGCGCGUUUAGCGCCCCGACGCACUCGUUCGACGCCCCAGGGAAUUUCCGGGAGAAUUUAUCCGUCGGUUUAUCCGUCGGUAUCGUUCUGAAAGAGGAUCAAGGGACAGAUGCAAUCGUAUAUGGGAAAAUAAGUGAUUUCCUGACGAACAGUAAACGACAUCCGAGAGGGAUUAAAGUUCGAUUGGAAGAUGGGAGCAUUGGACGCGUGUGUGAGAUUGGCGGAGGAGGAGGCGAAAAGGAAGAAGAAAAAGAAGCCUCUGGUGUUGCGCACGCGAAGAAAGAAGGUUCAUCGGACGAAAGCGAAGAUAUCGAUGACGACGACGAAGAAGAAGAAGAAACAGAAACAGAAACAGAAGAACAAUCGAACGUCGUGUACGUGCGCGGCUUGCCGAAGAACGAGGAGGAUAUCGAGAAAGUCAAAGAGGCGAUAUCAGCGAUGGUUUUAAACAACGAUAAUAAUAACAGCGGGAUAGGAAAAGACGACAUAGUUUCCGUGAAGAUUCCAAAACGGUCCGGCACUCGGGCCAUUCAAGGGUUUGGUUUCAUAGAGUGUAAAGAUAUCGAAACAGCGUCGAAUGUUAUUCGCGAGUUGAACGGCCAAAGUUUAGAAAUAGUACAAUCGAAGAGCGCCGAUGAGGAGGACGACGAUAGUAGUAGCAGCAGCAGUAGCAGUAGUAGUAACAGUAGUAACAACCAUAGCGAGACUACUGCGAUGAAAUUGUCUGCUUCGUUUUCGGUGAACAAGAAGAAAACGACAAAUUUGGAGAAUGACACCGACGAAAGUAAAAGGAAGGGUAAGAAAUCGAAACCAACGAAAGCGGAGAAGGAACGUCUCGAACACGAGAAAAGAGAACAACAAAUAAUCGAAGCUCGAAAAGCUAUGGAAGAAGACGCGUUGAAACUUCUCGAACGACAAAGAAGAGAGAAAGAACGUAAAGAGAAGGAAAUCCAAGCGAAGUUGGAAAAAGAAGAAGUCGCUCGUCAGGCGAAGGAGAAGAGGACGAUGGAACUUUUGCUCAAACGCAAAGAGGCGCAAGACAGAAAUCGAGCGAAAGUGCAAGCCGAACAAGAACGCCUAGACCGAAUCGACCAAGAAGCGAAAGCUUUGGGAGAUAUUGCCAUAGACGAGAGUUGGUUGAUGGAGAUGGAGGAAAUUAAAGCCAAGAUUAGCGCGUUGAAAUAG